AAACGAGAAAGGGAUGCUCUUGAUGCUUGGUGGGAAAUCCCAAAAGCAUAUCAAGAAAAAAUCGCGCAUUUCUUAUUACUCUUUGCUGACGAUCACGAUGAAACAAUGACAUUAACAGAAACAUUAAAUGAGAUUUUGGAAGAGGAUGAAGAGGAAGAAUCAAUGAAUUCAUCAUCGUCAGAACUAUCAGGACGACAUACAUACGAGAAAUAUCCAAAUUAUAAUGAUGGUGAUAGCGCGCACUCUCAAAGAAUACAAUAUCGACUACCACUACGACUAAUAAAUAAUGAUAACAACUUAGCACCGUUUGGUGGUGCUUUUGCCGAUAAUAUUGAUAUUAAGCCAGUAUCGUUACAUGAAGACAGUACAUCACAGAUUAGUGAAUCUGAAAUAGUAGCCCAGUCAAGAAUAAUACGGCGCAAAUCAAUUCGAUCAAGUAAUGCUGAUGAUGAUGAUAAUUAUCUUCGAACUAUGGAAUGCCGAAAUUAUAAGUUGGACGUUUCUGGAUCAUCUAGCGUUAAUAAUGAUGAUAACAAUAAUCAGCUGCCGGAUUUUAUAAAUGAGUCUGAUACUCGGUUUACUUCAGCAACUGCUACCACUAGUGAUACUUCUGCA